AUGUCCGCCCACGCUACAACCGAAUCCGACGACGAAGCCCUCUUCGCCGCACUGGAAAACGAAGAAGACACAGGCUACCGCGACCACCGCAUCCAACAACUGAACGCCGAAUACGCUUCGAAAAAGACAAACCGCGACGCCAAGAACGCCGCAACCGCCAACACCACAACCACCUACCCCUCCAUCUCAGGCGACCAAGCCGUACUGGACUUCACAACGCGCAGCACGCGGUGUAUCGUACACUUUGCCCACGACGACUUCGCCCGCUGCAUGGUGAUGGAUGCGCGGUUAUCAGAGCUUGCGGCGCGACACUAUGAGGUUUCCUUUGCGCGAGUUGAUGUGCGAAGCACGCCCUUUUUGUCGGAGAAAUUGGGAAUUCGCGUGUUGCCUUGUGUGAUUGGGUUUAAGGAUGGGGUUGGUGUUACGCGUGUUGUUGGCUUUGAGGGCCUUGGUGCUCGGGGGAAUGAUGCUGGGGAAUCUUUUAGCGUGAAGGUUCUGGAGAAACGCUUGUUGGGCAAGGAUGUUCUUCUUCAGGCGAAGUUCUCGGAUGAUGAUAAUGAUGAGGAUGAGGAGAGUGGGAGUGAAGAGGAGAAGGUUAGGAGGGGCCCGAGAGUCAAGAAGAACAAGACUAUUCGCAGUGGGAUGAUUCGUGGGGAUGACGACGAUGAUGAUUGGGAAUAA